AAUUCGUUCUCAUCCAAUCCAAAAUCAACGCUGUAAAAGUUAUUUAUAGAUAAUUGUAUGGCGACGAAAUUGUUCUUAUAUUUCGAAAUUUAGCACAAUCUCUCAUCGUUGCAGUAUCGUGCUUUGCUACAAUGGCCGAAUUCUCUCUUCCUCAGGACUCUUACUUUCUAGGAUUUGAUAGUUCUACCCAGUCGUUAAAAGCAACUGUGUUGAACUCCAACCUCAACAUAGUGGCAUCUGAGAUUGUUCACUUUGAUUCUGAGUUGCCCCAUUACAAGACUAAAGAUGGGGUAUACAGAGACCCUUCUGGCAAUGGCAGAAUUGUUUCACCCACUUUGAUGUGGGUGGAAGCUCUUGACCUCAUGCUUCAAAAGCUCUCCAAAUCAAAUUUGGAUUUUUCCAAGAUUGCUACUGUUUCUGGUAGUGGACAGCAACAUGGUAGUGUGUAUUGGAAGACUGGUAGUUCUCAGAUAUUAUCAUCAUUGGAAUCUAAGAAGCCAUUGUUGGAUCAGCUUCAAAAUGCUUUUUCCAUAAAGGAAUCACCAAUAUGGAUGGAUUGUAGCACCACUGCUCAAUGUAGGGAAAUAGAGAAAGCUUGUGGGGGGGCCAUGGAAUUGGCUAGAGUAACUGGAUCCCGUGCAUAUGAAAGAUUUACUGGCCCCCAGAUUAAGAAAAUAUUUGAUCUCCAGCCAGAAAUUUAUAACAACACUGAAAGGAUCUCUCUUGUUAGCUCCUUCAUGGCAUCCCUUUUGAUUGGUGCUUAUGCUGCUAUUGAUCAUUCUGAUGGUGGAGGCAUGAAUUUAAUGGACAUAAAGGGAAAGGCCUGGUCUAAAGUUGCACUAGAGGCAACUGCCCCUGGUUUGGAGUCAAAACUUGGAGAGUUAGCCCCUGCAUAUGCCGUUGCUGGAAAUAUUGCUCCAUAUUUUGUAGAAAGGUAUCACUUUAACAAGAACUGCUUGGUUGUUCAGUGGUCAGGAGACAAUCCUAAUAGUGUGGCAGGUUUGACCCUAAAUAUUCCUGGAGAUCUCGCCAUCAGCCUCGGCACUAGUGACACUGUAUUUAUGAUCACUAAAGAUCCUAAUCCAGGAUUAGAAGGACAUGUCUUCCCUAGUCCAGUUGAUGCCGAAGGCUACAUGGUAAUGCUGGUAUACAAAAAUGGAUCCCUUACCCGAGAAGAUGUGCGCAACCGUUAUGCAGAGAAAUCUUGGGAUGUCUUCAAUAAAUUUCUGCAGCAAACACAACCUUUAAAUGGUGGAAAGUUUGGUUUCUAUUACAAGGAGCAUGAAAUUCUGCCUCCUCUUCCAGUUGGUUUCCACCGCUAUGCUAUAGAAAAUUUCUCAGAAAAUUCACUGAAUGGAGCGAAGGAACGGGAAGUAGAAGAGUUUGAUCCUCCAUCUGAGGUACGGUCAUUAAUUGAGGGUCAAUUUCUCUCAAUGCGAGCUCAUGCUGAAAGAUUUGGCAUGCCUUCUCCUCCAAAGAGAAUCAUAGCCACUGGUGGAGCAUCAGCAAAUCAUUGCAUCCUUAGCUCAAUAGCUUCAAUUUUUGGCUGUGAUGUCUAUACAGUUGAAAGACCUGAUUCAGCUUCUCUUGGAGCUGCAUUGAGAGCUGCACAUGGCUGGCUCUGCAACAAGAAGGGUGGUUUUAUACCCAUAUCUGAUAUGUACAUGGACAAAUUGGAAAAAACUUCUCUGAGCUGCAAACUUUCAGUGAAUGCUGGAGAUUCGGAGCUGGUUUCUAAGUAUGCUUCUUUCAUGAAAAAGAGAAUUGAGAUAGAGAAUAGUCUUGUCCAAAAGCUUGGACGCUGUUGAAAUAUAUUAAACUUGCUACUUUGCUCUGAACUCAUUGAUGCAAACGACAGAUGCUUCAUCUACCUUGUGUCAGGCUGUAAAUGAAAUAAAGUGAUUACAAAAAU